UCUUUCCACUUUUUAUUUUUCUAUUCGUUGUGAUACCGAAAAACAAUUACAAUUUAUAAUCAAAGCUUUUUAUCAACAAAAAAAUAUACGGGAAAAGUUAGGUGAAAAUUUUGCCUCCUAAAACAAUUUAGACCCACAAGACACAAAAAAAAAAAAAAAACGAAAAAAUCAAAGUAAAAACUACAGCAGAAAAGCAAGAAAAAACACGAAAAAUGAGCUGCAAUUAUGCUGAUGGUUUAUCGCCCUAUGAAAAUAAAGGAGUUUUGGGUAUAGCGGAAAAAUUCGAUGCGGAAGCGGAAGUUGAGGAAAAAGUCGCCAAAUUGGUAGAACUCCUGCAGUCGGCCAAACAUGUUGUAGUGCAUACUGGUGCUGGCAUUAGCACAACAGCAGGCAUACCCGAUUUUAGAGGUCCCAAAGGUGUCUGGACUUUGGAGGAGAAAGGUGAAAAACCUAAUUUAAAUAUUUCCUUUAAUGAUGCUGUACCCACCAUCACCCACAUGGCUUUGCGUAGCCUCAUAGCCAAGGGUUACGUCCAGUAUAUUGUCUCACAAAAUAUCGAUGGUUUGCACUUGAAGUCCGGCUUGCCAAGACGUUGUCUGUCGGAAUUGCAUGGUAAUAUUUUUAUUGAACAGUGUAAUAAAUGUCGGCGUCAAUUUGUACGUUCGUCGGCUUCAGAGACAGUGGGCCAAAAGUUAUGCGGUGGUCCCUGUCGUCGUGAAUGUCGUGGUGGCAUGCUUUUGGAUAAUGUUUUAGAUUGGGAACAUGAUUUGCCCGAAAGGGAUUUAGAUUUGGCUUUAAUGCAUUCCACUUUGGCCGAUUUGAAUAUUACCUUGGGAACUACUUUGCAAAUCAUUCCAAGUGGCAAUAUACCGCUCAAAAAUAAAAAGCAUGGUGGAAAAUUGGUUAUUUGCAAUUUGCAACCAACUAAACAUGACAAAAAAGCCGAUCUAGUAAUCAACACCUAUGUCGAUGAUAUCCUAACAAAAGUAUGCAAACGUUUAGGUAUAGAAGUACCGCCGUAUGAUCCCUUAGAAGACCCCACCAAAACACCCAACGAUCAUAAUCAAGAAUGGACUAUACAGCCACAACAUGUUAAAGAGGUGGAAAAGCAAUAUAAUGCCAAAUUAAAAGCUGCUGCAGCUCAGCGUAAAGCUGGUAAAAAUCCCUUUAAUUUCUUUACCAAAAAGGAACCGACUAUAACUAAAAAGAAACGCAAGACCGAGGAAGAAAGUGAGAUAAAAAUUGAAUUGAAAAAGGAAAUUAAAACAGAAAAGAAAACCACUAAAGUUGCCGCAGUAGCUCGGAAUAAAACAACGGCCACCUCAACUAGUGCAACUACUGACGAAGAGGAUGCUGCCUCAAGUCCAUAAAUCUAUUUGCAAUAUAUAUUGUUUAAUUAGUUUUCUUUUUUUUCUCUCUUUUUUUUAUUUCAGUAAAAAAUUGUUUUUUUUUUUAAGAAAAUUUUGUAAAAAACUUUGCAGUAGUUGAUAUGAACGAAAUAAUAAGUAUUUUUUUUUCGUUUUGUUUUUUUUUUAAUAAUUAAAAAGUUAUUUAGUGUUAUUUAGACACUAGUGUAAAAUUAAAUCCAAAUUUAAACAUAUUUACAUAAAAAAAAAUAUAAAAUAAUUUUUAAAAAAUUUAUAUAAAAAAUACAAGAAUUUUUUGUCUUAUUCUUAUACACAAUUUUACCUUUUACAUUAUACAAAGCAAUUAAUUAUAAAUUUAAAAAAAAUAAUACAUAUUGAAAUGAUGAAUUUGAAAAAAAAAAUAUUGUAUGUAUGUAAUACAAGCAUCUAAAUGUAAUUUUUAAUUCUUAUCAAUAAAGAAAUAUUAAUAAAAAU